CACCUUUCAUUGAAUACGGACGUUUGGCUGGCUGUCGUUCCGCGCCGUGCGCCAUUCCUUUUUGUGUUUAGUUGCGUUUGUCAUGAAGCAUUUUCUUGUGUGGCCGUAAGGGUUUCGAAAGUUUGACGCCACAGCGAAAAGGAAAAAAUCUAGAAUUUAGGACCAACAGCUUGGAACGCAGUGUAGUCAUGGCACAUAACUACAUUGUGACCGCUCAAAAGCCGACGGCCGUGACGGCUUGCGUAACCGGGAAUUUUACGACUCCUUCGCACUUAAACCUCAUUGUGGCGAAAAGUUCCAGAUUGGAAAUAUAUCUUGUGACACCGGAAGGAUUACGACCGAUUAAGGAGAUUGGCAUCAAUGGAAAAAUUGCGGUCAUGAAACUUUUUCGUCCUGCGGAAGCUACGAAAGACCUUAUUUUCAUUCUAACCCAUCGUUACAAUGCAAUGAUUUUGGAAUGUGCAGUUCAAGGUGAUGAUAUUGAAAUUAUUACGAAAGCCCACGGCAACGUCGCGGAUCGCGUUGGUAAACCAGCCGAGACAGGAAUUUUAGCUGUCAUUGAUCCAAAAGCACGCGUUAUUGGUAUGCGAUUGUAUGAGGGUUUGUUCAAGAUUAUCCCGCUGGAUAGGGAUACACACGAACUUAAAGCUACCAGCCUGCGAAUGGCCGAGAUGAACGUACAGGAUGUGGAAUUUUUGUACGGAACACAGCAUCCGACGUUGAUCGUAAUUCACCAGGAUUUAAAUGGGCGUCAUAUUAAAACGCAUGAGAUAAAUUUAAAAGAUAAAGAUUUUACAAAGAUAGCUUGGAAGCAGGAUAAUGUUGAAACUGAAGCGACAAUGUUGAUUCCGGUUCCGGUCCCGCUGGGGGGAGCAAUUGUUAUCGGUCAGGAGUCUGUAGUCUAUCAUGAUGGCGAUAGUUACGUCGCGGUUGCUCCUGCUAUCAUUAAGCAAAGUACCAUAAACUGUUAUGCUAGAGUUGACAGUAAAGGUUUUAGAUAUCUACUGGGAAAUAUGAUAGGAAAUCUGUUUAUGAUGUUUUUGGAAACAGAAGAAAAUAGCAAGGGUCUAAUUAGUGUAAAGGACAUUAAGGUAGAGUUGCUGGGUGAAAUAACCAUUCCUGAAUGUAUCACCUAUCUAGAUAAUGGAGUCCUCUUCAUUGGAUCUCGACACGGCGAUUCCCAGCUUGUAAAACUAAACACCACCGCUGGAGAUAACGGAGCUUAUGUGACUGUCAUGGAAACAUUCACAAAUCUUGCUCCAAUCAUAGACAUGUGCAUCGUUGAUCUUGAAAGGCAAGGACAAGGACAAAUGAUCACUUGCUCUGGAAGUUAUAAAGAAGGAUCAUUGCGUAUUAUUCGGAACGGUAUCGGCAUUCAGGAACAUGCGUGUAUAGACUUGCCUGGUAUCAAAGGAAUGUGGGCUCUGCGAGUUGGUAUCGACGACAGUCCUUUUGAUAACACACUAGUUCUUUCUUUCGUUGGUCAUACCCGGAUUUUGACUCUUUCCGGAGAAGAAGUGGAAGAAACAGAAAUUCCAGGUUUUAUGAGCGAUCAACAGACUUUCUACUGUGCCAAUGUGGAUUAUGGGCAAAUUAUUCAGGUUACUCCGCUCACAGCUCGGUUGAUCCAGUGUGACAACAAAUCCAUGAUUUGUGAGUGGAAACCUCCGGAUGAUAAGAGAAUUGGUGUGGUCGCUUGCAAUUCCUGUCAACUGGUAUGUGCAACUGCGCGGGACAUAUACUAUAUAGAAAUCGAAGCUGGUAAGCUGGUUCAUAUCAGUACCGUUACCUUGGAUUACGAAGUGGCUUGUCUGGACAUAUCCCCGUUGGAUGAAAAUGCAAGCCGUUCAGAGUUGGUGGCUGUUGGCUUAUGGACGGAUAUUUCGGCUUGCAUCUUGCGCUUGCCUAAGUUGGAAUUCGUGCAUACGGAAAAACUAGGAGGAGAGAUUAUCCCGCGAUCCAUCCUGAUGGCCUGCUUCGAGGGUAUUGUCUAUUUGUUGUGUGCUUUGGGUGAUGGUUCCAUGUUUUAUUUCGUGUUGGAUAAGCAUACGAACCGGUUGACCGAUCAGAAAAAAGUUACACUUGGAACGCAGCCGACAAUUCUCAAGACGUUCCGCUCGUUAUCAACGACAAACGUAUUCGCUUGUUCGGAUCGACCGACAGUUAUCUACAGCUCAAAUCAUAAGCUAGUUUUUUCAAAUGUUAACCUUAAAGAGGUCAAUCAUAUGUGCUCGUUAAAUGCCGAAGCCUAUCAAGACAGCUUGGCUCUUGCAACAAAGAACUCAGUUAUACUCGGAACGAUCGAUGAAAUCCAGAAACUUCAUAUUCGCACCGUGCCGCUUGGGGAGUCACCCCGAAGAAUCGCUUACCAAGAAGCUUCGCAAACAUUCGGAGUCAUCACGGUAAGGAUGGAUAUUCAGGAUUCUAGCGGAUUAACUCCGUCGCGACAGAGUGCUUCAACACAGACAUCUAAUGUGACUUCUUCGAGUAAUAUGGGUCUUUUAAAACCGGGUGCCAGUAAUACUGAAUUUGGUCAGGAAGUAGAAGUGCACAACUUACUCAUCAUAGAUCAAAACACGUUCGAAGUUUUGCAUGCCCAUCAGUUCAUGCAAACGGAGUAUGCAAUGUCGCUAAUUUCUGCCAAAUUGGGCAACGAUCCAAACACGUACUAUAUUGUGGGAACAGCGUUGGUUAAUCCAGAAGAACCAGAACCAAAAAUAGGAAGAAUCAUCAUCUAUCAUUAUGCAGAUGGAGCGCUCACACAAGUUAGUGAGAAGGAAAUAAAGGGCGCCUGCUACUCCUUAGUAGAGUUCAACGGUCGGGUUUUGGCCAGUAUCAAUUCUACAGUACGACUAUAUGAGUGGACUGACGACAAAGAUUUACGACUUGAAUGCAGUCAUUUCAAUAACGUCUUGGCACUGUAUUGCAAAACAAAGGGUGAUUUCAUUUUGGUUGGUGAUCUUAUGCGAUCGAUUACACUGUUGCAGUAUAAACAGAUGGAGGGCAGUUUUGAGGAGAUCGCUCGUGAUUAUCAACCUAACUGGAUGACGGCAGUAGAAAUAUUGGACGAUGAUGCGUUUCUUGGAGCGGAUAACAGUAAUAACUUGUUCGUUUGCUUGAAGGAUGGUGCGGCAACCACCGAUGACGAGCGACAGCAAAUGCCCGAAGUGGCCCAGUUUCACCUGGGUGACAUGGUAAACGUGUUCCGCCAUGGAUCCCUCGUUAUGCAAAACAUCGGUGAACGAACGACACCAACCACCGGAUGUGUGCUCUUUGGAACAGUCAGUGGAGCGAUUGGUCUUGUUACCCAAAUACCACCCGAUUAUUACGAGUUUCUGAGAAAGCUGCAGGACAAUCUGACGCUCACGAUAAAAUCGGUGGGUAAAAUUGACCAUUCGUACUGGCGCAGUUUCCACACCGAAAUGAAGACGGAAAGAUGCGAAGGAUUUAUUGAUGGCGACCUAGUGGAAAGUUUUCUCGAUCUCGGCCGGGAGAAGAUGCACGAGGCGGCAAUUAGCCUGCAGAUUGACGUAGAUGGAUCUAAAAAGAAAGCUUCGGUGGAUGAUAUAAUUAAAAUCGUAGAAGACCUUACGAGGAUACACUAAAUUUAUUAUUUACUUCAUGUGCUUUGAAAUUGGCUGUACGAGUCAAGUUCGAUGGAGAUAAAUGACUCGAAAAACAUAAAAAACCAGGCUAUCCGCUGUUUUAUUUGGAGAAGAAUUGCUAUCGUCCAUCAAUACCAUUGGAGGAACCGAGCCUUGUUUACACUUCCCAAACAAGGUAAGCUCAAACGUUCAAUUUUUUUGAUGAUAACUUAUUAUUUCCUGUUUGUGAGAUAAUAAAAAUUAGGCUAGUAA